AUGUCGUUGUUGUUGCUUUUGGUAUUAGCACUAUUGUCACGUGCAGUGUGCAUGUCUCCUAGUGUUAAGUGUAGUGCCAGAGGCCUUCUUCCUAUACUUCAUAAAUAUUAUCAGUCAGGAAAAGUUGACAUUGCUGGCAUUUCUUCUCAAAAUUAUGUGUUUUCACAACCGAUAACCUUUGAAAAACUUCCUUCUGCUGAACUCUUCGAUGACCUCGCUCAUUUCAGUGCGAGCUGGACCUAUCUGGCCUCGAUGGAACUCCUCUCCACACAGGAAAGAUUCUUCCCAAACUACAAGUGUGACAUCCAGAACAAUCCAGUAGCAGUCAUUGGGGGACCGAAUUCCAAUGUCUGUCUCCACAUGACAACCAUCCUGAGUAUCUACAAAAUUCCACAGCUCACUUAUGGCUCUGCUCCAGUACUGGAUAAUAAACAACAAGGUGCUUUCAUCCACCAGAUGUUCCCAAAUGGGACCCACCAAUAUAUGGGGAUUCUUCACUUACUACUGCAUUUUAGAUGGACAUGGAUCGGGGUCCUUUAUUUUGACGAUGCAACUGGAGAGAGGUUUGUACAGAAUGUCCUUCCCCUUUUCCCUGAGAAGGGCAUCUGCUUUGACUUCAUAGAAAGAUUGCCUAAACAAGGCUCUUCGAAUGAAAUUGAUAAGCUUGUGGAGGAAGGGAUUAAAACCUCCAAGAUUAUCGAUGGAAGCACUGCCAAUGUAUUGGUUCUACAUGGUGAAAUUCAGACCAUGAUAGUUUUACGAAUGUUGCUUGAAAUUUCAAAAGGUGAGGAUAUAGCAGUGGAGAGAAAAGGGAAAGUCUGGGUCAUGACAGCUCAGAUCGAUUUCACAUCACUCCCUUUCCAAAGACCUUGGGAUAUAGAUUUCAUCCAUGGUGCUCUAUCCUUUGCCAUUAACUCAGAGGAGGUGAUAGGUUUCCGGAAAUAUCUUCAUACCAAAAACCCCACCUUGGAAAAAGAAGAUGGCUUUAUCAGGGUUUUCUGGGGGAAUGCAUUUGAAUGCUCUUUUCCUGACUCCACUUUAGAUGAAAAUGUUGAUAAUACUUGCACUGGGGAGGAGAAGCUGGAAAAUCUUCCAGGCUCUGUUUUUGAAAUGGACAUGACUCCCCAUAGCUACAACAUGUACAAUGCUGUAUUUGCUCUGGCACAUGCACUGCAAACCAUGCAUUUAUCCAAGUCCAAACAGAGAGCAGUGAAGAAAGGACAAAGACAGAAGCUUCUCAAUCAACUGUCAUGGCAGCUCCACUACCUUCUGAAAAAGGUUUCAUUUAACAACAGUGCUGGUGAAAAGGUAUCCUUUGACCAAAAUGGGGCAUUAAUAGCUGGAUUCAAUGUCAUCAACUGGGUCACAUUCCCAAACAAGUCUUUUCUUAGAGCCAAAGUUGGAAAGAUAGACCCCCGUGCCCCACAAGACAGUGUAUUCACCAUUCAUGUGGACAACAUUGUAUGGCCUAACAGCUUUAACCAGGCACAACCACUUUCCCUGUGUAAUGAAAAUUGCUAUGAGGGCUUCAGCAGGAGAAAAAAGGAAGGGAAGCCAUUUUGCUGCUAUGAUUGCAUUCAGUGUCCAACUGGGAAGAUUUCAAAGCAGAAGGAUAUGGAUGACUGUGUUCCAUGUCCAGAAGGUCGAUAUCCAAACGUUGUCCAGAAUUCAUGCAUUCCAAAAUAUAUAACCUUCCUUUCUUACAAAGAAAGUUUGGGUACCAGUUUGACCAUUCUUUCUCUCUCCUUUUCUUUCAUCGCAGCUUUGGUGCUUGGCUUGUUCAUUAAACACCAUAACACGCCCAUUGUCAAGGCCAACAACCGUAACCUCACCUACACUCUUCUCAUCUGCCUCAUUCUCUCAUUCCUUUGUUCAUUUCUAUUUAUUGGCCAACCUGACAAUGUAUCAUGUCUACUUCGACAGAGUGCAUUUGGCCUCAUAUUUACAAUGGCUGUAUCAUGUGUGUUGGCCAAAACCAUCAUUGUGGUUCUAGCUUUUCAGGCCACCAAUCCAGGGUCUAAAGUGAGGAGAUGGUUAAGGAGACCAUUGGCUGGCUCUAUUGUCCUUUCCUGCUUUCUUAUUCAAGCUGCUAUUUGUACUGUGUGGCUGGCAAUGUUUCCCCCAUUCCCCCAUUUUGACAUGUACUCCAUGACUGAAGAAAUUGUAUUGGAGUGUAAUGAAGGCUCAUCUACCAUGUUUUACAGUGUCCUAGGCUUUAUGGGAUGCCUGGCUAUUGUCAGCUUCAGUGUGGCUUUUCUAGCCAGGAAGUUACCUGACAGUUUUAAUGAGGCCAAAUUUAUCACUUUUAGCAUGUUGGCAUUUUGCAGUGUGUGGGUCUCCUUCAUUCCAACUUACCUGAGUACAAAAGGAAAAUACAUGGUGGCUGUGGAGAUCUUCUCCGUCUCGUCCUCUGGUGCUGCAUUAUUGAUUUGUAUAUUUUUCCCCAAAAUCUAUAUUAUUUUGGUAAGACCUGAAUUGAACAAUAAAGAGCAUAUUGGAAGGAUAAAGAAUUAA